CUACGUUAGGCCAAUAAAAAAUUCAAUCGACAGAGAACUACCUGAGCAGCGUGGAUAGCCGGGACUACCGACUACACGCGGCAGGCGAUAUUAACGAGCGGCGAUCGAGAGAGUCGCUGUGUCGUGUGCGUGAUUAUUCGGAAUAACAGACGGAGAUAUGGAAGAGGAGGAAGGAGAAGAAAAGGAGAAGAAACGGGACGGGGAAGAGAAACGAUAGCGAUGAUGACGAGUGUUCACGAGCGCACGCAUGACACUGACGCGAGUCAUGCAUCACCAUCUAGGAAAUUAACGUUGAAAUAUUAUAGACGAUGAAUGGACCCGAUAGCGAGCCAACUCGCCCGGGACCAAGUCCAGCUUCGACCACUUCCCUGCGAAAGAAACUGGCUGCUAGCCGACUCGACGGUAAAACCAAUCGACCAAGUUCGUUGGACGGUACGUCGAUCGAUCGAAGUGGGAAAGCAGGGUGGGGUUCGAUGACAGACAUUAAUUUACCAUUAUCUAAGGACGCGAAGAGUACGCGUGGAUAUACCGCGCGCGUGAUUUCUCCAGCCUACGUAGCUACGACUCGCGAAUCGCAAUCGCGUGGAGACGAGGUAGUAUUUUUAUAACGGGUCCCCGUUUCGAUUAAAAGAGACUAAAGAGGAAGAGGAACGGAACGAUAAGCUGGUAGCAAGUGAAGACGAAUACGAGGAUCGUAGAAGGGGGGAAGAAAAAUGAUAAACGAAAACGUUGGAGUGGAAGAGAGCGAAGGGGGUGGCGGAGGGUGGCAAGGAAGCCGGCGGGAGACGAGCGAAGUGAAGAGGGAGGAAGAGAGAAAGGGAGAGGAAGAGAAGAAGAGAGGAAGAACGAUAUGGAAGAUAGUAGUGAGAUAUGUCUAAAUACAUAACCGUGACACGUGAUGGACGUGUUGCGGCCCCUGUCUACAGGGGUCUCGAAGAAGCCUACGGGGCCCGUACCGAUCUCCAUUUGGAUCCACGGGAUUCUGGACUUGGCACCCUGCUACGCGCCAUGCAUCAACACCCAAGAUCCAUCCCAUUAUACCUCAUCAGAAUAACAAACACGCCUUCCAUGCUAAACCAACAUUCUUUUGUUCCCAUCGAAUCCCAGGAUCCAUCAGAAUCGCCGCGAACCAUGCGCGUCAGUGACGUAUAUGUUUUCGUGUAGCCAACAGGCCAUAGGGGGUCUUCUCUCAGGCCUACAAGAAUCUCAGAAGAUAUCGUGAAAUAUCGUCGGAAGGCAGAACCGGCGGUUCCAGACCCUCCCGAAGCUUCUCUUCGCCUCUGCGUUUCCAUAGUUCGCCGAUUUUCUAGCGAACGAAACACGCUCGGUUUCGUUGGUCGUCGCGAGACAACCAUUUUAUUUCACGCGCGUACAUACCUAAGAUUAUGGCUAUUCGCUCGAUUACGUUCGCUUUAGAAGGGUAAGAGAUCGCCUUUUAUCAUCCCUCUUGAACGAACGUCUCGCUUUGACGACACGUUCCUAGAUGGCAGCACGCUCUCGAAUCGUCGAAGGGAUGUAUCGCGUAGCUCGAAAUUGAUGGCUCAGGGGAACGAAAAACUCGCACGAUGAUAAAAUUUGAUUGGCCAGAGGAAACGUUGAAAUACGUAAAAAUGUCGUAUUUAGCGUGCAAGGCGAACGUAAUAAAUCGAACGCGCUAGGCAUUCACGAUCGCGUUGCGUAUCGAUGGUUUAGCAGCGAUCGUAAACAAUCAUAAUCGAGAUCACACGAAAUGCGAGUGACCGCGAUAACGCGUAACGUGUACGCGGAUUCGUUACGUUCCACGUUUGAUCUACGAACCAGCGGCGCGUUGCACCGUUCGUAGAACGAACUGGAAAAUCGAAAGAACGUCCGACGACCAUGUACGCAUGAAAACGAAAGAAUAGCGGCUCUUUCGAUUAUUCGAGACGAGGAAUCUCUGUUUUGCGAUUCGACGCGCGCUAAUCGAUCGUCGAAAGUGGCCCGCGGGGCGACUCCUAGCUCGACCGCAACGGUGGACUUAAUUUCGCUAUUCGAAGCAACAUUCGGAAGUGGCAUGCAUCCAGGCGCGUGCACGUGUACGUAAUGUUUCCCGUCAUCAGGAAAAUUCUGUGCAGUAAAAGUCUCGAAACGGUUACUACCUUUCCUUUUACGUCUCUCGACCUUUAUUCCUCGCGAAUUCAUUCCCGCGUGCAGGCAAUAAAGACCACCGCUAAUUCUCGGAAGGUAUUUUUUUGAAAGGAACAGGACGAAGGAUGAGUUGGUGGUGGAAACGGCAAACUAAAACGCGAUACGAGAGGAAAUUGGUUGGAUCGGUGUGGCGUGGCUUUCGACCGGUCCAUCUUUUAAAACGCGUUGCCGUGCAUCUUUUCAAUCGCGUUUCCGACUACUCGUCACGUCCCUUGACAGUUUACCGUUUACCUUUUUCUAUUUACACGAGCAUCCCCGGUGCGGUUCGGCAUUGUCAGCGAACAAAGCUGCGUAACGACGAGAGGAAAGGUAAUUCGUUCGAUAGACAGACAUCGGGCGAAACGUCGUCGUACAACGAAACAAGGAAGAAGCGGUGUUUCGUCGACGCGAUUCCACUGGAUCGCGAACGGAAAAUUUCCGCUUCGACCAACGCGAUCAGUCGCGAGAAAUUAGUUUUCUCGUUGGAAACUGUGGUGAAACGAAAGCCGCGCGCGUGCUCGAGUUCUUCCCCUGUAACGUGGAUCGUGUCGUAUCGAAUUCCAAUCUAAUUUGCAUCGGAGGACGGAACGGUUGUUUACCCACGUAUAAGCCCGAACAGUUGCGAGCGGCUGGCAGCGUAUUUGCGCGAGGAUUUCGUCGAGGCGGUAGAGAAAGGAGCGGCCAAAUCGGCCACACCGCCUUCCUUCGUAUACUGCUCGAGGUAGGGUGGUAUCGAGGGAUCGUAGGAGGGAUUGCGAAGACGAGGCGAAGCAGGAAGGGACUGGAAAAAAGGGAGAGAUACAGCGCGACUACCUUAUUACGCAUGCACCCUGUCUAACAAAAACGACUCGCUCGUUGACUGACUGACUGACUGACUAACUGACUGACGCCCCGUACCGCCGUUUCGCCGUGCGCGUUUAUAUUCCCGCGUUUCUACGAGAUCAACGUGCAACUUGCUGGAAAUGGAAAUGUACGGUUGGUCGCGAAACGAUGAAAAAGUCUGGCCGAAUGAGCAGAGAAUAGAUAGGUUGGAAGAGUCGGUUGGAAAGGGCGGCGAUUUAUCGUGCCGAGGUAGAUGAUACUAGUUAGCGGUUUCGUAAGUGACGAGAAUCGUUUGAAAGUCACGCGCUGAAAGGAGAACAGGGGUACGAACCGGUUUACGAAAUUGAGCGAGUUCAAAGGGUAUAUUUAUCCGGACAAAAAGUAGAGGACAAAGGAUGGACUGGAAUCGGGGGCAGGCAAAUGGUAUUUAAUGCGCCGUGUGACUGACGCGCCGUACCGCGUUGCAUCGGCGAGGAAUCGCGUGUCAACGUUUAGUGGGAAGAACGACGACCGUUUAGGUUGGCGUUCGAAAAGAACAGACCGUGCCCGCGGGAAUUCGCGGCCAUUGUGUCGGCCAUCUUUGAUCGGCGACUAUUACGUCGGCGGUUAUGCUCGUGACGCGAAAUGACAGGUUCUAGGGAACAUUUGGCCGACGUUGGACAUCGAUCUUGGAUUCCGCCACUUUCCGAUACAAUAGCGGCGGCAAGAUCGGUAGGUGGACAACGGUCGAACCGCAACGUCGUUCGGAUUCGUCGAAAAGGUUUCAGGAUGCGAGCGAGCCGCGAAGCGGCGACGUCUAUCGGUUCGGUGAAGCGGUUCGCGUGCCUCUCGUAAUCGCUUGUCGUUCAAAUUAUGUAGCUCGAUUCCGCAAAAAUAUUAGAAGACUGCGCUCGCCACAUAAUUUCCGCUAAAUGGACGACAUCUAUUUAGAAAGUAGGCAAUUUCCUUUCUCCGUGGUUCCGCUGCACCUUGUAUCCUCUUUGCCUCUUGCCCCGAAUCUUUGUCCCUGAAUGCUAUUUGUUCGUCACGAAUUUGGAAAUUAUCGGUGAUUUACGACGCGCGCGUUUCCUUCUUCUUCUUCUUCUUCUUCGCACGCACGCACGCACGCUGGCCAGAUACGACGCUAUAGAAGAACAGCACACAGGGACGCUAAAGAUGCUCGUUAGCUUGUUGGAGAUCGGUUUUGACCGUGAACAACGUGUAUACGACAGCCCGUGAUAGAAGCGGGCUUUUCCGAUCGGGAAAAAAGAAAACGCGUUGCAUUUUGCGAGCAAAGGCAGGCGACAGGAGGAGAAUGGCUCUCCCUCGGGAGAGAUCGCGGCUUUAUACAGCCAGUUGACAUCGAAAUCCAGUGACGUAUCUAAUUGAGAGCAGUUUAACGGCGAGGGCGGAUCAGUAGGAUAAGCCGUAAGCCGACGAAGCCGCUGCACGAGAUCACCCUAGGCUUAUAACUGCCGGGGAAUCUUCUUCGGACCUCUCUCUUCCAACUACCCUCCUGCAUCGUGGUUCUGCUACGCCAAGGGUAUUGCGGCUCGUGAUACGACAGCCCUCUUGCCGUCCUUCCAGCAGACCAGCUCUCUUCUCCCCUUGCUGCCUCUCACCCUGCCCUCGCGUGCCCCCAGCUGCUACCCUCGCCUAUCUACCAGAGAAUCCGGCGUAAAUAAUGCCGAUUAUCCCCCCGGCAAUUGUUUUAUCGACCGAGCUGUCCCGCUCGAAGAGCAAUCUCGAAAGAGGGUGGCCCCGUUCCGCGCCUCACCUCCGACCUUUCCCCGAAUCCCAUUCCACUGACCUUACACAGAUUUACGAGUCGCUUCGCGGAGGGUGAAGACUCGAAAAGUAAAUUUCCCCGCUCGUUCGCGUAACCUCUCGCUCCGAAGAACGGCAAGAAACUCGCGCAACGUCGAAUCGGCCCGUUUCGGCGAACACGUCGCGUUCCAUCGCCCGAUCCUGCUCACAGACAUCGCGCGUUCUCGCCAAGAUGAGUUACCUGCCAUCCCGUGGACGCGCGCGAGGAACAACUUCUCGUUCUGCCGCGUCUUCUAAUGGAAACGACGAAAAAACGUACCGCGGAGUAAUUCGACCGCCCCGUUCGAGAUAACGGCGCGCGUUCAGCGCGGAUACAUCGCGCCGCGUAGAUCGUGGAUAACGAGCGCGUUUAUAAUUUUCGAAGGGUACCCUUUAAUAGUUUCGGUUUGAUCGAAUCUGCGAGCUCCGCUUCCUUCGCGGCUUAAUGUAAUUCGCCGAGCCGUUCGCUUUUUGCCUGCUCGCCUCUUCCUCCCUCCCACCAUCGGUUAAUUAUGAAAUUAUCCAGAAACAGCCACUCGCCCUCUCUCUCUGUCUCUCUGUCUCUCUCUCCUUCCUCUAGCCUCUUGAGGCAAUAUUUGAGCGCGAAUUAUGCCGGUACUCUCUUCGUCCUCCUCAUUAUCCCUUCCUACCCUUUUCCUUUCUCGCCAUUAGCUGUCUCGUCCCACCCUCGUACGUCCGUCCCCCUCUUUCUUCGUUUCUUCCGCUUCCAUUCACCUUACCACCCCGUCGUGUCUGCCGCCUUCUUCAGCCACCGGAGAAGCUUGAUUCGGUUAACGGGUGCAGACGAACGCGACUCGCCUUCCAUCCGUUCCGACUUGGUAACGUUCGCGCGACAUCAUCCGCUUAUUUCGAGCGUGAUUCGCAAACUCGAUUAAUAUUCCCGCAACGACACGACGACGCGACGCGACGCGACGCUACUCUCCGGCCGUUUCCUCUCUCGCCAAUUUUCCACCUUUGAUCGCGAUAGCUCGUGCCGAUCGCAACGAUACGCGCUCCUCUCGCCUCUUAUCACGGUGAUUUUGGUUAACGGGGGUGGAAGUGGGUCACGCGGCGGAAACGAGCGAAACAGAGACCGGAACGAUCGUCCGUUGAUUGCGGCGCGCGCGUCCACCCUUCUAUUCGAUCGCCGCGUCCCUCCCUUUCUUCGUCCGGUCGAUCCCAACGACUGAAUAAGUCUGGCCAAUUAAAAAACUAAUUUCGAUUAGAGUCCCCGAGCGGCCAUUCGGUAUCGUGUAAGUACAAGCCGCGGGGCGCUCGUCGAGAGGGAUGAAAAAAACUGGGGGAAUCCGACGCUGCCGCGCCAUUCGGAAGGGCUAAGAAAAAAUAAGGAGGAACCGGGCAAUUUGUGCCAGUUUUCACGGCGGAAUUUUUACGAGCGACCGUUAUCGGGAGCGGUAGCUAGGUAGGAAAUAUCCUUUAGCGGUGGCUCGCACGCGCACGCUUUUCUCUCGAUUAAUCCCAUCUCGCUGCUCUUAUUUUGGCCCGCCGCCGGGGAAAACGGAACGGCUGUCGCGACGCGAUCGCCAUUGCCGGUUUCAAACCCUUGGUAGGGAAGCGUGCGUGCGUGCGUGCGAGCGAGCUAGCGAGCGUGCCGUAAACACACGUUUCUAAAAUACGUUUGGUUCCGCGACGGUGGUUUAUCGAGCAAAAAAUCCGCAGAAUUUUCCACGAUUCCCCAGGGGCCUCCCAGGCGAAUCGCUCUACAGAUAUAUUUAUUUAUGCACGUAUUAGUAUUUAUGUAGGUGCGUACCUACAGGCCGUGGCACCCCGCGGCUCUCGAGGCGUGGAUGCUUCAACCGGUAUUUGUUAUUCUAAUGUCGCAUUAUAUAUUUGUUUGGGGGCGUGGGCGAGUAACCCGAAGUGUGAAACACGUUGUAACGCGUAGCUGGUCCUCCUGGAAUUCCAUCCUGUCGCUUCGGUUCCGGCUCGACGACCGCCGUCUCUUAACCAGCCAGCGGCUCUUCUCGGCGCUCCUACGCGCUGUACUCGAAAAACCUUAUCGUCGAUUCGACGAGACGAGAUUUCUUCGACAAAAGAGGAUGAAACAGCGGUGGCGGUUGCUCCUCGCGCGCCUGGACACCGCGGACAAUUUAUUCCCCUUAUAAUCCGUCGCUGAUCUCCCUGUCGAGCUGAAGGAACGCGAGCCAUCGGUUCUCGUUAAACGACCUUUCGUAAAGGCACGGAAUACCGUGAAAAUGGGCCAGUAUCUCUGAACCAGAGAUUCUUAUCUUCGGGAAUCCCGUACGAACGCGUCCUCGAAAUUUACAACGCCAACGUUUCCUGCUUGUCCGGGCUUCUUUCUACCAACAAACUUACUACCGGUAGCGGCAAUAAAAUGCCGACUUCAUUAUGUUCGUCCGCCUGACCACGCGUAAUUAAUACUCAUCUCGAUAUUAACUUUCAGCCGCUUUGGAAACCCGAGGACGGAUUUGUCUCGUAAUUCGCGGUUUAUCGCCUCGCUGCGUCAAAUAGCCGAUGCGAUUCACCGACCACCUUUGACAUCCUAAUUAACGAAUUAUACUCGCCAGGUUGGAAUUCGUGGACGAACGUCCGCGCGUCGGAGAACUGGUUUCUACCACGCGUCACGUCGCCGCGUUACGCUUCGACGUGGCUUCGCUAUCGACGCGGCUGCUGCAUCGCUCCGUUUACGUACUCUCGCACACGUGCACGGUGUUACGCGUCCUCGUUAGCCGCGUCGUCGCGUAGACGAACCACCGUGAACUCGUAUAACCAUCGCGUAAAACCAUCGACGCUUGCGCCUAAUACGAUCGCCCAAAUUGGUAGCGCACGAUAAACCAACGCCGAAACGAUCUCGUAUACGCGUACGCCGUAAGAAACAACGCGUCGACGCGUAAUAUACUUUAAUUGUGGCUAAAUUAAAACAUCGAGCAGCGGUAUCGAUCGCGACAGCGACGUGCGUAAUCGCGCUCGAUAUUUCAUUCGCCGUGCACGGAACGUGGCCGCGAGAACGAAAUACGUACUUGUCUAAAAUCGGAUAGAUCUAUUUCGCAGUAACGAAACGAACGUUUUACGUUCGCAGUUUUCGACGCACGACGCGGCUGCCUCGAGUGGGGUGUACAAUAAAGAGUUUAGUACAUCGUUAAAUUAUACGCCGUUUAGCCUGCCUCGUUCUCCGCGUCGGAAAGAGCAAAAGAUUUAUCGAUUUAGUGGAGCCACCGCGAUUCACGAAAUGUCAGGAAGAGCGAUAAACAAACACGCUCGAACCGGAUGUAAUCGCGUUUCCUCUUCGCGUUUCCUCCCUCUAGUCUCGAGAUCUCAGCUUCGCCUCGUGAUCCCGCCUACUUUCGAUCGCGAUGCGCAUACGUUUCCGCGGUUUCCAUACGUUUGCCUGGUUCCAGCGCGAUACGUGGUCGGGCGUCGACGUGAUCGCGUGCCGAUAGCUUUCUCGCGAUCGUUAUCGCGGCUAACUCCGUCCGGUUUCUCGACCAUCCGCGCUCGUCGCGUUAUUACCACAGUAACACGGCCGUUUUCUCUAGGUCGUCGAGCCGUCGACGACCACGGCCAGCGAUCUUCCAUCCCGUACGAGUCUGCGCUAGCUAUAGCUACGCGUGCCAUCCUCCUGAUCGAGUGGAAUUUUCAUGUUUGCUGUCGGGUAUUUGGAGGUCGCGUUACCAUCGGCAAAAUUACUCGCACGGUACGAUGGCUGGCGAUUUCGUUACAGACUGUCGCGGUGUGUCGCUCGCAGCGUUCGCCAUGCAAAUUUGUCCACCGCGGCAGCCGUUCGAUAAUUGGCUGCGAUUUGUUAUUGGAUAAUUCCCGGUCACGGAUCGACGUCGAUACCUAACGGUAGCGGCUGGCCGAUUAAAGAAUCGAUUUGAAAAAGAUAGCGGUCGCGCGUCGAUCGCUCGACCCUGCUGCACCUCUGCUGCCAAUCGGACGAGUUAAAACGCUCGGAGAAUCGCUAUCGCUGCCAGCUACUAACAGAGAACACACCCACGAGAACGAGAAUGUUUCUCAGCCGCAUGAGUUAUUCAUGACGUACCUAUAUAGUUCUCCACUUUGUCACUUACACGCGUUCUAACGCCACGCAUCUCUCUCUCUCUCUAUCUAUUUCCUGUUCUCUUCCUCGUUUCUAUCUAUUUACCUAUUUAUCUAUUUAUGUAUUUAUUUAUUUAUUUGUAGCCAGAGGUGAGGCUAUUAGAAUACACGUUUUGUUUCGCAGGGACCAUCCGCUCCGAUCUUUACCAGAAUCUCUUCCCACCUCCUGUCGUUCUUCGUCUUUGUCCUUUUCCCUCGUCUCGCUACUUUCGAGCCCACGCAUUGUAAUCUCGUUGAUGCGCGUUGCAGCGGGAAAAAAGGAACGCGGAGGAGGAAUGUGUCGCGCGCGGCAUGUGGCCGCAUUAUGUACGCUUAGCGUGCGCGCGAUCGGAACUUGCGAAGAGCGCUAAGCGAGAAGUCCUCGCUAUACGCGCGCCUACGGGCUUUUCGGCGAUUCGUAUCUGCUUUAAUUUGAAUAAUCGUUGCUCGUUGCUACGGUUCGCCCGGAAUCGUAUCUCUCGCGCGGCUUUAUCCCAACCGUGGCAGAUGCUCGCACGAGUAAGUAAGUACGCGUUCGUCGUCGUCUGGACGCGACGGUUCGCUCGUCCCGAUGCGAAAGCGCUCGAAAAGGCGGCCGACGACCGGAGAAGAGAGUGCCUCUGCUGCGUAUACACACUCGCAGAGCGGUUUACGUUUUCCACGCCGGCAGAUUCGAUUCCCUACUUGGGGCAUGGAAAAGCUGGCGCCGCGACGCACUCGACAGCCGACCGAGCCCUCGAGAUCGCUCUCUUUCCCUCUCUCGGCUAACCGUGCGAUCCGCUGUCCCUUUGGAGAGGCGCGUCUACGUCUCUUCUUCCUUUCCGCUUUCAACGUUUCGACCAAGCUGGUCCUCUUUGCUCUUCCCUCGACAUCGUCUCCUCGUUAUCGCAGCCACGAACAGUAAUUUCGUUGUUAUUAUUAGGAACGCCCGAAGGGGCGAGGGAAAGAAACCGUGUGUUUACCCUCUCCAGAAGCCACUCGAGAAAGCCGAGAAGCUCGUGCCAUGAAAGAUUCUAGUUUAUCCUUCGUUCACGACAUUGCUGGAUACGCUCUGCUCUGUUCCGUUGCGUGCGUAAUUGCUGCGAUUUCAACGACCGUGUUUGUCGGUUUUCCUUUCAUCCAUCGGUAACCCUCUUGUAUCCGCUCGUAGCUCCGUUUAGCUCGAGUAGCUUCCAACGUCACUCUCGCGACGAUGCUUCUCAAGACGAUGUAUCGCCUUGUCCAAUUCGUUUAUCGCAUCGAUCGCGUUAGAGAAUUUCGCGCAACAUUUGCAAUUUGCAUGGGCCGCGUCCUCGCAACGACGACGGCCCGUACGUCGGAGAGUCAGACGUGCCACCGAAUUCGAGCGUAUACAGCGUGGGUGGCCUGCCACCUCUACCGUCUCUACCUUCCUCCGCCAACGGUAACCACAACUACCAACGGCCAGGCGUGCAGCUCGCACAGCCUCUCCUCUCUUACGAUGAUGAAUGACUUUCGUGUACUUCUCCGUUGCGUCGUACCGUGCGGCUCUCGGUCGCGAUUCCACCCCGUGUCUUCGCACUCCAUCUGCCACGUCCAGUCUCGUUCCUUCCUUCCUACCUUCCUUUCCCUUCGCGAUUUUCCUUUCCUCGCUCUACCUUGAUUUAUGUACGUGUUUUUCCUUUUUCCGUGCGCUCGAGUUCGCCCGCCUGUCUCCCUCUCGCACCCUCUUGCCUCUCCGAGACGUCGACUUUUUUCUAGCUCCAAGGUAAGAAGGGCGAACGAGAAAGCACGGGAUCCUCGCCGUCCUAGUUGAGACGUAGUCGUUCGAUCGUAAUCGCGCAGGUAGUUUACGUUCGAGGUUUGGUAAAAUUCGGCCUGGUCGGAAGUUACGCGUAUACACGAGAAACUCAGUUAAGUGGAUACAGUCGUAGCCUGUUAAACGGCGAGUUUCACCACGGGUGACGAAUUUGAAAGGAAACGGUGACACCUCGGAGCAUCCGCAACCGCCUUAAAAACAUUCGAAUGCCAAAGCAAACGGGGGGUCCAGGACAGCUCGUUCCUGCGGUUCGUUCCAAGACUCCUCGAGCAUGCCGUGUCUUUUCAGCUACCUGAAGAAGAGACGGGACGAAGGAGACGAGGAGAAGAGGAGAGGAGGAGAAAGAGAGAGAGAGAGAGAGACGGGUCUUCAUAUUUUAUACGGGAUGGGAUCCUUUAUGCGGUCGACUACGGGGGCACCCAGCGUGUCGAAUAGAAUUCAGGAGGCCGGUACACGAUAGGUAUUUUGACAUGCCCGAGAAAUUAGUAUAAUAAAGGGGGGACUAGGUAGACCGGCUAAGUGCCUAAACACACGCCGUAAAUCUCCCCUCGGUGCUCUCGAAGAUCCAACCAAUGCGGUAAAACACGGUCUUCGCGAUCGUGCGCUUCACGCUGCUGCUUCUCGGACACCGACAGCCCGGAUCCUCUGACGUUUGAUCGAUCGAGAUACGUCUACCGAAUGCAUCUAACGGUCUUUAUCGCCACGAUGCUUCUGUCCCUUUGUUAGCAGUAGCGUUGCACGCGCUUCCUCCUAUCUCCUCCCCGCAGCUCGUUUUCAUCUUUUUCAUCGUUUCCACUCAACGGUGCCUUUGUUCCCCUUUGCUCUUUUGUCUUUUGCGAGAGAUUCGAUUCGGGGCGCAGUUCGUGAGAAAAGCGGAGACCAUGGAACGAUCGGAACUUUGGGAAUCACUCGGAUCGACGAUAUUCGCGAACGUUCGAAGAGUCUACCACGUUGGAGUCGAACGCGAUACGUACAAUGGGUCGUUGUACGUGCAAGGAUGGCGGAACAUCGCGAUGCGACGAAAGAUACAGGGACGAGAACGUCACCGGUGAACAUCGUGGCAACCGCGACCGUUGUGACGGACGAAGCGUUGCUCGCCGACGACGAGGUAGACAACUGCGAAGGCGAGAGCGAAGGGACGGAGAAAUCGACUCAAGAAGAGGAUGAAGAGGUGGACGUGGACGUGGAGGAGUGCAGCAGCAUCGACGACGGGCCGGUUCACGGCGUGCCGGAUGAUUUGAGCACGACGACAGCCUCGACGAGAAAUUGCCAGGACGGUUACAACGAGCACGAACGGAAACACCGACUCCGAACCAGUUGCAACUCCGACGAGCUCCGGGACGUCGAGUGUCAUCUCGAAACGAAGGAACUGUGGGACAAAUUUAACGACCUCGGCACGGAAAUGAUCAUUACGAAAACGGGCAGACGAAUGUUCCCGACCUGUCGCGUAUCGUUCAGCGGAUUAAAAUCGGAAGGCAGGUACGCGGUGUUGAUGGACAUCGUGCCAGUGGACAACAAACGAUACCGAUACGCGUACCAUCGUAGCUGUUGGUUGGUCGCGGGGAAAGCGGAUCCACCGGCGCCGGCGCGGCUCUACGUUCACCCGGACUCACCGUUUACCGGGGAUCAGCUACGAAAGCAGGUGGUCUCGUUCGAAAAGGUCAAGCUGACGAACAACGACAUGGACAAGCACGGCCAGAUCGUUUUGAAUUCGAUGCACAGAUAUCAACCGAGGAUACAUUUGGUACGCUGUCGACAAACGGACGACAAUAAUCUUCGUAUAACCGAUCUUCAGAAGGAGGAGCACAAAACGUUCAUAUUCCCCGAAGCGAUUUUCACCGCGGUGACUGCCUACCAGAAUCAGUUGAUAACCAAGCUGAAGAUCGACAGCAAUCCGUUCGCCAAAGGUUUCCGAGACUCGUCGAGACUGACGGAUUUCGAUCGAGAUCCGAUGGAACUGAUGGAGCAACAGCUGGUGAGGUGCGGUGUGGCGCCGGUCAGAUUGUACGAGCAUCUCGCGAUGUCGUCUCCGGCCGCGGCAGCAGCAGCCGCAGCUGCGGCAGCGGCAGCCGCCGCCCUCGGUGCUCAGCAACAUCAGCAACAACACCAUCAACAGUCGCAGCAGCAGCAGCAGCAGCAUCAACAACAACAACAGCAACAGCAGUCGCAGCAUGAGAGCUCGGCUCACGCUUUGCCCCCGUGGAUCGCUCCGUCGACGGCGCUCCUCUACGGAACCGUCGGCCAAACGCACCCUGGAACUAGGCCGGCGACCGGAACGACGUCUCCGUAUCCGACCGCGGCGACUACCGCGUCUUUUCCCUACCCCGCGGCCCUGCCCUGGCCCUGGCAACCACCACCUCCCGUCGCCAUGAUAUCGCGAAGAUCUUCUCCUCCCAGCGCGACCGCCGCCUCCCUCAGGUACACCCCGUAUCCUCCACCCGCAAGCACCCCACCGCCAUUAAGAACCCGUCCAUCCACCCCCAAUUAGCGAUCCACCUCGGACGCUUUUCCUUAACGAUAUCGACGCGUUCUGCCAGCCUACUCGUUCUGUUGGUCGCGUCAAAACGAUUUGGACAGCCGAUGGAAGGUGUGGUAAACGCGGUGCAGCCAAAGAAGAAAUCCUCGAGCCAAGGUUUUGCGCGUUGAUCGAGGAAACCGCUGCUCUGUUGCGACGCUCAGAAGCGUUCGCGUAGAGACGUUCUCGCGCGGAUGAUCGCAUGUGCGGGUUUCGUCGAUUUGUACAGAACGCUAGGCGUCACGCAGUUCGGUUUCUCGUUCUCUCGACGUGCGAGGAGGAAGCAUCCCGAGAUCGUCAUCGCUUCGUCCAGUGUUAUUUAAGUUAGCUUUAGAGAAACGACCUGUACUUGUUUGCUCUCUGUGUACGCGUAAUAUAACCGGUAGACUGUCCGUCUUUAAAUUCGGGAAGCUGGAGGGUUCGCGUUGACUGUGCGCCGGAAAAAUUCCCCCUUCCUUCCUUCCUCAAUUCCGAUCGAUUUGUACAUAAAAUAAGCCGAGUCGAAAUAUACGCGAAAGGAAGAAAAGCGACGGAGAAUGGACAAAGACUCGGCUAUAGUUGUAAUAUAUACCACGAUAGUAUUAACGCGUGUUUCCUCGAGACGGUGAUCUUUGUACAUAAAAUCUUUUGUGGUAGCGAGUAGCGUAAAACGACGUAUUCACGAUGUAGCACGGAUAGAAAUAAACGAAUUUUCAUUAA